GGUCACAAGAUCUACUAAUUGACUCCUCUGUGGCUAAGCACAGGCAGAGCCAUCUAUGUACAGAAACAUUAGACAAAACAAUGCUAAAGUGAAUGCAACAUUUUCCCGUCGGCAUCGGGUUAAAGUUUGUUACAAAAAUGAAGUUUAGUAAAUAACCUAAAGAGAUAGGUCAGGGUGGUGGGAUUAUGGGAAAUGUUUGUUAUUCCUUAUAAAUGAAGAUAUUAACAUUGCAGUCAUGAUGGAAUUUACGUUUUCAUUGGAUAUGCAUCUAGUUUUAUAUAAAUGAAUAUAUAUAUGUGUAUAUGUAAUACUUUUACCUUCAUAGCUUUUCUUAAGUAUGAUUUGUAUUUAUGGUUAAUAGACUUAUGAUCCACACAGCUCUUUCAUAAAUAGUUGACACUAUUCAGACUUCUAUUUGUACUUUUAAAUAGAUGAGCAAUUACUUAGAAAGAUAUCUUUAUUGUCCAUUUGAAAAUUCUCUUCAUUUAUAGUGAAAUAGAAGUUCAAUACAAAUUAAUUUCUUACAUAUUGCCAUAAAUGAGUAUCAGAUUGUAUUAUGAGCUUUAAGGAAUUAGGGAAACAAAUUGACUUAUCCUAUAUUUUUGCUUUGUAUGGUUCCAUGAAUUUCAUGCCAUCUUCCCCCAGUUCUGUGAGAAAACACAUCCCGAAGGUCAUGUAUCUUGAUGGCCGGGAGCUCCCAAAAGCUAUAGGAUUUGAGGUGGAAGAAGAAGUCAGCAAGUUGCCGCAGGCUCAUCCUUCAUUCUUUGUGAUUGAUGGAGUAAAGGACAUUGUGCUGAAAUUCAUUCAGCAGUACUAUGAAAUAUAUGACACUGAUAACAGGAGACCCCUUGAGGCUGCAUACACAGAAAAUGCUUCAUUCUCUUUGACCUGUGUUUCCUUUCCUUUUGCUUUUUCAAGGUACUCGGGUGCUUAUGUAGCAGAGAACCGCAACUUAAAGAAGGUUCAGGCUUCAGACAAAAGACAGAAACUACUGAUUCAAGGGAGGUCCAGCAUCAUAAAUACAAUUUCCAACUUUCCCAUGACAAUGCAUGAUCCAGGUUCUUUCACUGUGGAUGUACCUGUGGCUGAUCCAAAGUUGAUGAACGUAACUCUGAGUGGUGUAUUCAAACAAGUUGUAGACAGAGCCCCUCCAGUGCGCUUUUUCACCCGCUCUUUUACCAUAGUCCCAGAGGGCUCAGGAUACUGCAUCUGCAAUGAACAGCUAUACCUUACUUUUGCAACAUCAGAGCAGAUCAAGAGAUCUUUCAAAAGUAGUACACCAACAAUGCAAGUACAACAACCAGUUGGAGUUGAGGCAAGCAUAGUUUCUGCUGAAGCAAACCUUCCCAUGCAAGGUGAAACGCUGCAGCCGGUGCAGCAAGUCAUGAUAGCAAAAUUCUCAGAAAUAUCUGGGAUGCUUCCUCAAUAUUCUCAACUAUGUCUGGAACAGAAUGGAUGGGACUUUGACAAAGCUGGUAAAAGGUUCUUGCAACUAAAGAAUGGCAAUCAAAUCCCUCCGGAGUACUUUCCCCAAAGCAGUUGAAGAUGGAAAAAAAGUCAGUAAUUAAGGAAACUGUGAUAAGAGUCAUUGGUAAAAAUGUUGAUGGUUGUAAAAUAAGUAGUAAAGCAUUUUCUUUUCUUGGUUUGUCAUGUGUAAAUACAUUUUUGUAAAAUGUAUGAAGUCAACACAUUUUAUUUAGUGUAAUAUUGUAAUGUCAUUUCACAACUGCUGGAAAAUGUUGCAUUAAUCAUUCUUUGUAUGAAAAGUUAAAAGCAGUAGUUACUUGAUGCCCUUCAUGCUAUGCUUUGAUAGGAUGAUAGCAGCUGUUGGUUAUGAUGAAAGUUCUUUUUUAUGUUUAUGUGCACCAUUUCUGUAGCUUUUAGUGUUGGAGUGAUAAAUGGAGUGAAUUUCCUUGGUCUUUCGUUCUUGAAUUGGUUGGUUUCUUAAGUUGUAUUAUAUCCUAUUAUUUUGGAUGGAUCUCUAUUUGGAAGGUGUUGAUUAAGUUGCAAUAUAAUGCAUCAUUAUUUUAUGAUUACUCACUCUUUUUUCUCUUUUCAAAAAAAAAGCAAUAGCACAAGAUUUGGUAGCUCAUAGUAAAUUCCUAGAUGACUGAAGACUAACACGAGUGUUGUCAUACUUAUUAUUAUUGUCUGUGUAAUGAUUGUUAAUAUUAAGUCAUUAUUAGGAUUUAAAAUAGUGUUACUGUGCUCUCUCUCUCUCUCUCUCACAUUGAUCAUUUAUAACUGAUUAUAUAUGUAUAUACUUUUGAGUUAUUGACUUUAUUUCCUCAUAGUAAUACGGUUAGCCUGUAAGUGUGAAAAGUGAGGACGUAUGUUUCAUUAACAUUUGUAGUGCUGUGUAGAACAUUUAGUUUGGUCUGAUUCCUGUAAGAAUAUUUCAUUUGUAAUGUAAGAAUAAAAAAGAAAUGUAUUUUUAUAUAUAAAUUGUACAGGAUCUCAUGUAAUGACUUUUUUCAUGAUGGAAGAUGUCAUUGGCUGAAUAAAGGAGAAAUGAUUGUACUAAA